CCUGUUUGCCCAUGUCAACAAUAUCCAGCAACCUGAACACCGUCUUCUGUGCAAAAUCUGGGGAUUUUAUUAAUUUAUAUUGUAUAAUUUACAGUAAUUAUGAUUCCUUAUACUGUCAAUAUCAAACUCGCCGCUCGGACUUUGACUGGCACGCUCAAUUUGCAGAAUAAAACCGCUGUAGACUGGGGCUGGCAGGGGCUGAUUGCUCAGGGGUGCCACUCCAGCAUCCUCAUCAUCGACCCCAACACCUCCCAGACCAUCCAGGUCCUGGAGAGGCACAAAGCCAAUGUUGUGAAGGUGAAGUGGUCCAGGGAGAACUACCACCACAGCCUGAGCUCUCCCUAUUCCCUGCGCCUGGCGUCUGGAGACGCGUCGGGGAAGAUCAUCGUGUGGGAUGUGGUGAGUGGGACAGCCCACUGUGAGAUCCAGGAACACUCCAAACCCAUCCAGGACCUGGAGUGGCUGUGGAACCAGGAUGCAUCUCGUGACCUCCUGUUGGCCGUCCACCCCCCUAACUAUAUCGUCCUCUGGAACGGAGACACAGGGACCAAACUGUGGAGGCGUAGCUACGCUGAGAACAUCCUCUCCUUCUCCUUCGACCCCUUCGACCCCUCCAACAUGGCUUUGCUGACCAGCGAGGGGAUCGUCUUCAUCACAGACUUCUCCCAUUCCAAGCCUCCGGCCAGCGGGGGCAAGAAGGUGUACAUAGCUAGCCCCCACGCCAGCCCCGCCCACACCAAGCCCCCACCCGCCACCUUGCCCGCCCCCACGGGUGCCAAGAAGGCCCUGAACAAGGUCAAGGUGCUCAUCACCAAUGAGAAACCCACGGCGGAGGCUGUAACGCUGAAUGACUGCCUGCAGCUGUCCUACCUGCCCUCCAAGAGGAGCCACAUGCUGCUGCUAUACCCGCGGGAGAUCCUUAUCCUGGACCUGGAGCUCAGCCAGACCGUGGGCGUGGUGGCCAUCGAACGCUCCGGAGUCCCCUUCAUCCAGGUGAUUCCGUGUGCCCAGAGAGAUGCCUUCUACUGUCUCCAUGAGAAUGGCUGCAUCACCUUGAGAGUGUGUCGCUCCACGACCGCUGCCCCUGACGAAACAGACCCAGAGCAGGCUGUGCAGGAGUUGGUGUAUGAUCUGAGGUCUCAGUGUGAUGCUAUCCGGGUCACUAAGACGGUGCGUCCGUACCGCAUGGUCAUCUGUCCGGUCAACGAGAACAACGCUGCCCUCACAGUGAGCGAUGGCAGGGUCAUGCUCUGGGAGCUGAAGACCCACACUGGCAAGGCCCUGUCUAACCCCAGCUCAGGCCUGUCCCCCCUCUACUCCCCCAUAUCUUUCUGUGGAACGCCCCUGGGACACAACCAGAAGAGGAUCCUGGAUCUCUCUCUCAACACCAUGAUCGGUCAGGGUCUGCUCUCAGGGGAGGCCCCCUCCCCCUCCCCCCAGCAGGAGGUGCAGCUGAAGUUCUUGCUGACAGGGCUGUUGUCCGGUUUGCCCCUGCCCCCCUUCUGCCUCCGCAUGUGUCCUCCGCUCACCACCAAGAACAUCAGCCACUACCAGCCCCUGCUGGCCGUAGGCACCAGUAAUGGAUCAGUGCUGGUGUACAACCUGACCAGCGGCCUGCUGCACAAGGAGCUGAGCGUCCACUCCUGUGAAGUCAAGGGAAUUGAAUGGGUGAGUCUCACCAGCUUCCUGUCUGUGGCCACCUCUGCCCCCAACAACAUGGGCAUGGUGAGGAAUGAGCUCCAGCAUGUGGACUUACCCACAGGCAGGUGCUUUGCAUUCCGAGGUGAGCGAGGGAAUGACGAGCCAUCCAUUGAGAUGAUUAAAGUGUCGCAUCUGAAGCAGUACCUGGUGGUGGUGUUCAGAGACAAGCCUCUGGAGCUGUGGGACGUGAGGACUGGCACCCUGCUGAGGGAGAUGGCUAAGAACUUCCCUACUGUCACCGCACUGGAGUGGUCCCCCUCCCACAACUUGAAGAGUCUUAAGAAGAAGCAGAUGGCUGCUCGGGAGGCCAUGGUCCGACAGACGGUGUCGGACGCGGAGCAGAGCGUGGAGUCCUCGGUCAUCAGCCUUCUCCAGGAUGCUGAGAGCAAGUCAGAGACGAGCCAGGCCAUCUCAGCCAGGGAACACUUUGUGUUCACAGACACAGACGGCCAGGUGUACCACAUGACCGUGGAGGGAAACACAGUGAAGGAUGGAGCACGCAUCCCCCCAGACGGCAGCAUGGGGAGUAUCGCCUGCAUCGCGUGGAAGGGAGACACCCUCGUCCUGGGUGACGUGGACGGAAACCUCAACUUCUGGGACCUGAAGGCCCGACUGUCCAGGGGCAUCCCGACCCACCGAGGCUGGGUAAAGAAGAUUCGCUUCGCCCCGGGGAAGGGCAACCAGAAGCUGCUGGUCAUGUACACAGACGGAGCUGAGGUCUGGGACACCAAGGAGGUGCAGAUGGUGAGUAGCCUGCGGAUUGGUCGGAACGUGAACUACCGUAUCCUGGACAUUGAUUGGUGCACAUCAGACAAGGUGACCCUGGCCUCGGAUGACGGCUGCAUCCGUGUGCUGGAGAUGGCCAUGAAGUCUGCCAGCUACCGCAUGGACGAGCAAGACCUGACCGACCCAGUGUGGUGCCCCUACCUGCUGCUGCCCCGAGCUGCCCUCACCCUGAAGGCCUUCCUUCAGCUCCAGCCCUGGUCGGGCUCCUUCACCAUGGACAUCUCACAAGUUGAUUACAGUGAAAAAGAGGAGAUUAAAGGACUCAUACAGGAGCAGCUCAACUCCAUGUCCAAUGACAUGAAGAGCGUUCUCCAAGAUCCAGAGCUCAACCUGCUACAGCGAUGCCUCCUGGUGUCACGGUUGUUUGGAGAUGAGUCGGACCUGCACUUUUGGACCGUGGCGGCCCACUACAUCCAGGCCUUUUCCCAGGCUCGCCAACUCAGCGUGCCCCCUGCAGGAGGCCCCCAGGGGGCCCCUGGAAACCCGCAGGGCCACCUAGACAUCUGCCAUGACACCCUGUGUGAGAGCAACUACUUCCAGAAGUUCCAGCUUGAGAGAGUCCAUCUGCAGGAGGUGAAGAGGUCCAGUUAUGAACACACCAAGAAGUGUGCUGAUCAGCUCCUCCUUCUGGGCCAGACGGACAGGGCCGUGCAGUUGCUAUUGGAGACGAGCGCCGACAACCCCAGCUACUACUGUGACUCGCUGAAGGCGUGUCUGGUCACCACCAUCACCUCCUCCGGCCCCUCCCAGUCUACCAUCAAACUGGUGGCCACCAACAUGAUCGCCAAUGGGAAGCUGGCAGAGGGUGUGCAGCUGUUGUGUUUGAUUGACAAGGCUGUGGACGCAUGUCGUUACCUGCAGACCUAUGGAGAGUGGAACCGUGCUGCAUGGCUGGCUAAGGUGCGUCUGAACCCUGCAGAGAGCUCUGACGUGCUGAAGCGCUGGGCUGAGCACCUGUGCUCCCCGCAUGUCAACCACAAGUCCAAGGCUGUGCUGGUACUGCUCUCUCUGGGAUGCUUCCACAAAGUGGGGGAGAUGCUGCACAGUAUGAGAUACUUCGACCGCGCUGCCCUCUUCAUAGAAGCCUGUCUGAAGUAUGGCGUGAUGGAGGCCAAUGACUCAACCAAUAAGCUGAUUGGGGCUGCGUUUGUGGACUACGCCAGGCUGCUGCGCUCCUGGGGCUUGCGGGAGGGCGCUGCGCUGUGGGCCUCACGGGCAGGGGGCGCUGGAGAGCAGUUGCUGGAGGAGCUGUUCCAGGGUGUGGGAGCAGGGCCAGAGCCCAGCCCCGGGGAGGACGAGGCGGAGCAGGGCCUGGAGACCAGCGAGUAGCCCCCCCUCACCCUGGAGCAGAGCAGAGGACAGGACAGUGGAGCUGGCCGGGGGUAUGGAUCUGGGACCAGCCAGGCCCUCACCAUCCUUGAGGGAGGAAGGCCUGGGUCAGCACGAAGGAUGAGGGUUAGAACACAGAGCAAAGAUCAUCCUCUAAUCUGUCAAUCACUGGAGUCGGCAUGUGUGUUGGAUUUGGUGUGGAGACCAGCAGUCUGUUUCUGGUCUCUAUGCUCCAGCAGGUUAUCAUUCAGUCUGUUUCUGGUCUCUAUGCUCCAGCAGUUUAGCAUUCAGUCUGUUUCUGGUCUCUAUGCUCCAGCAGGUUAGCAUUCAAGGUUCCUUGUUGGUUGAUUUGGACUAUUGACAUUUUAACUGGAUUAUUAUCAAGCUGUAUUUGAUGUGGCCCUAACCACCUCUAACUCUUUAUGUGGUGUGGCCAGUGGUGAAACCUGAUUGUUGUAUGAACUCCUGCAGUAUGCACAUUAGCGUUGGUUCUGUGUAUUCUGGACCUGCACUCUUGUUGUGUUUGUGUGUUGUCUCAUGGCUACAUGACUGAAUUGCAUUCCAAAAGAUGUAAUCAAUAGAUGUUUGCACUAUUUUUGGGGGUUUUAUGUAUCCAAAUAAUUCCCCCUAUUAAAACCCAAGUCCUCUUGAGCUCUGACUGGAGGGCUGCCUGAGAGAAGAGGGAGAGAAGCUGUGCACAUCUAGACAGAAUAUAAAGUGCAAUCUAAACAGAGUUAGGUUUCCAACCCUGACCUCUAAACAAAGCAGAGCGCCUGUCUGGGUGUCCCGGGCAGAGGUGUUGUUUCAAGCCCCUGGGCACGAGUCGAAACACACAGAUCACAUGCAGUAACCAGUAUACAACAUGUGUCAUGGGUUUGUUAAUAGGCUGAUAUUCACCCUUGUUAAAGAUCUUACUUGAAAAUUAUCUUUGCCUUUUUCUGUGACAUAGAAAGUGAAUCUUUGUUCAUAAUUAUGUGAGUCACAUAAUGCUAUAUCAACUUUCCCACAACAAACGUUUCCUUUUGAUCCUGUUAUUGUUGAGAGCUACAGUAGGAGAAUAAGAUCCUGUAUUGUACAAUGAGUUUGUUUGGAUGUAAACAGUUAUGCGUUAACAUAAUGGUAUUGUUGUUUGUAUAGUCCACAUGUGGGGCCUCAGUUGUGUUCCAGGCUCCUGUCAGACCAACAGCUGAAAGCUGCUUUGCAUGCUGGGAUCAGAGCAUCCAGUCCCAGCACCCUUGCACCACAUGCCCACCUCUCCACCAGCCCACCUGUCCACCAGGCCACCUGUCCAGGGACCAGUGGGAGUCGUGUGAACAGUUGUUUAGUAACUGUAUGAUGCAAUAUUUUAUCUAAAUCUAUGGAUUGUCCUUUAGUUCUUGUGUAUCCCCCCCCCCCCCCUUCCAGCACUUCUCCAGUUCAGUGGGUAAUCCUGUAUUCUUGUCCUCCAGUCAAACCAGGCUGUGUUGUAGAGCAGUGCGUAAACACAUCCAUUCUGCAAGUCUGAAUAUAGGAAUUAAUAAACAUUGUGUUGUGCUUUUUUGUUGUCAAUCUCAGAACUGUUGUUGUAAAGAGGUUAGAAAAUGUAGCAGUUAGAGACACAAAGUUAAACAUGCCUUUGUUUCAUCAUGAGACUUUUUUCAUUGUUCCAUCCUCGCUCGUAACCCUCACAUCUGCUUUAACCUUUACAAAUAUAUGACAAGAAGAUGUAUGUGUAAGUGGAUAGCAAUAAAAGUUUAAAUAUGUAUAA